AAUCUACUUUGGUUUUCUCUCUAUUACAAAUAAUACCCACGAAAAACCAAUAUUAAUAUCUACAACAAAAAACACACCAUAUAACCAAACAAAUUAAUCUCCCCCUCUUCUCCUCUUGAACAAAUUAAAAAUGUCUCAUGACAUGCCAAUGAUGAUGCCCAUGCCAAUGCCUAAUGAUAAUAACACCAUGAGUGACAUGAGCACAAUGCACAUGACCUUCUUUUGGGGCUCAAAUGUUGUUAUGCUUUUUAAUGAUUGGCCUAAUGGUAAAUUAGGCAUGUACAUAUUGGCUUUGGUUUUGGUCUUUCUCGUAGCCGUAGCAAUCCAGUUUCUAUCCGAGUUUCAACCCAUCAAGACGGGUGCAAGUCCAUUUGUCGGUGCGUUGGCUCAGGCUUUGUUUUAUGGACUUCGGAUGGCUCUUGCUUACUUAGUAAUGUUGGCUGUGAUGUCCUACAAUCUUGGUGUUUUUAUUUUCGCCGUCUUGGGACAUACCGUUGGGUUUUUUCUUGUCAAGUAUAGAGCGGCUUUGAAAGCCAAGAAUGAUUUAGUAUAAGGUUUUACAAUCUGUUAAAUCCAUAAUACAAAUUCAACAUUUGCACAUUAAUUAAUUGGUCCAUGAUAAUAAAAA